AUGGCACCUUCAAUUGAACUCACUGCCCCUAACGGCGUAAAGUGGUCUCAGCCCACAGGCCUCUUCAUCAACAACGAAUUCGUCUCUUCAUCAAGCAACCAAACCCUCACAUCCAUUGACCCAGCCACCGAAAAUGAAAUCGCAACAGUCCAAGCCGCAGACGCUCAGGACAUCGACAAAGCCGUCAAAGCAGCAAAAGCAGCCAUGAAGUCCCCCGCAUGGCGCGAUUUGCCCGCCUCAGACAGAGGCUACCUCAUGGCCAAACUAGCAGACCUAAUCGAUUCCAAAAAGGAACUUUUUGCUACUAUUGAUGCGUGGGAUAAUGGAAAGACGUACAUUGAAACGCUCGAGAAUGAUCUUGUUGAGGCGGUGGGUGUUAUUCGUUAUUACUCUGGCUGGGCCGAUAAGACGUUCGGUCAGACUAUCAACACCACGCCUCAGAAAUUCGCGUACACGAUUCGUCAGCCUGUCGGUGUCGUUGCGCAGAUCAUUCCUUGGAAUUAUCCUCUUUCUAUGGCUACAUGGAAACUCGGUCCUGCGCUGGCUUGUGGAAAUGCAGUUGUCAUCAAGGCCGCCGAACAAACGCCCCUCAGUUUGUUAGUUCUUGGUGAACUCAUCAAAGAAGCCGGUUUCCCACCCGGAGUCGUCAACAUCGUCAACGGAUUGGGCAAAGACACUGGUGCAGCGCUUGUUCAGCAUCCUCUCGUCGACAAGAUUGCUUUCACAGGGUCUACAGCGACAGCUGCUAGCAUCAUGGGCGUUGCGGCAAAGACACUCAAGAACAUCACGCUCGAGACGGGCGGAAAGUCGCCUUUGCUUGUGUUUGAGGAUGCGGAGCUUGAGCAGGCUGUCAAGUGGUCGCAUUUCGGCAUCAUGUCGAAUCAAGGACAGAUUUGCACUGCCACGUCGCGCAUUCUUGUGCAAGAGUCCAUUUAUGAGUCGUUCAUUAAGCAAUUCAUUGAGACACUCAACACUGUGAGUAAGGUGGGCAACCAGUGGGACAAGGACACAUAUCAAGGUCCCCAAGUGUCCAAGGUGCAAUACGAGCGUAUCUUGGAGUAUAUCGACAUUGGCAAGAAAGAAGGCGCCACAGUCGCAGCCGGCGGUGGUCCUCUGAAGGUCGGCGACUCAGACAAGGGCUUCUACAUCUCCCCCACAGUCUUCACAGACGUGAAGCCCUCGAUGCGAGUCUUCCGCGAAGAAAUCUUCGGUCCAGUCGUUGUCAUCUCUACCUUCAAGACCGAAGAGGAAGCUAUUGAGUUAGCGAACGAUACAACAUACGGCUUGGGCGCUGCUGCAUUCACGACGAACCUUGAACGGGGACAUCGUGUUGCGGCUGCUAUUGAAGCUGGUAUGGUUUGGAUUAACAGUAGUCAGGAUUGUGAUCCUCGGGUGCCGUUUGGUGGUGUUAAGCAGAGUGGUAUUGGAAGGGAGCUUGGAGAGGCGGGAUUGGAGGCUUAUUCGCAGAUUAAGAGUGUUCAUGUGAAUAUGGGGAACAGACUAUAG